AUGUGGAGUCGGAGGAGGAUAGGGGAGCAGGAGCAAGGAGAGAGGAGGAGCAAGGAGAGAGGAGCAGGAGCAAGGAGAGAGGAGCAGCUUGAGUGGUGGGGCGGGGAUCAAGUAGAGAUUUCAUUAGCAUUCUCCUUGUUCCCUCUACUAUCCAUGGUCUUCGGGGCAACCGAACAGGCAUGUCCCACUCAAGAGAUACUGCCUUGUGUCUGCUCUGUGAACGAAUAUGGCAAUGUGACUGUGGACUGCUCCAAAGCCAGGACAAGUGAGGAGGUCUCAUCGGCUUUGAAUAACGCCACUUGGCCCUCCACUCAACUCUGGGCGUUCCGGAUGGUCGCUGAAGGGCCAAUCUUGGAUGGAAAUUUCCCAUCUGGAAUCUUCAGGAAUCUCACAUUCCAGAGUAUGGACAUCAGACUAUGCCCUAGAGGAUUAUAUUUUUAUCAUCUGGAUGCAUGCAUCACAGCUUCAUCUAAGAAGAAAAUGAACACUUUGGCCUUCUUUCCAUUGAAAAGUAGUCUAACGAGUCUCACCAUUUUCCCCGGGAUUUUGGAAGACUUUCCCUCCUCUUUUCUUCAUGCAUUCAAUCGCCUUGAAUAUCUCUGGCUCGCCGGCAAUUCCUUCACCAACGUACCAGCACUCAAGAUUCGCAGCCUCGAGAUACUUAAACUUUCGUUCAAUAAGAUUGCUCGAGUGGAGGAGGAAGGAUGGGAGACUCCGAACCUGAAGGAACUUGACCUCUCCUUUAAUUCAUUGACCUCCAUCCCACUUCUCAAGAUUCAAAGCCUCGAGAUACUUAAACUUCCGUUUAAUGAGAUUACUCAAGUGGAGAAGGAAGGAUGGGAUUCUCCGAACUUGAAGGAACUUGACCUCUCUUUCAAUUCAUUGACCUCCGUCCCAGCUCUCAAGAUGGACAGCCUGGAGAUACUUACCCUUUGGGGUAAUAAGAUCAUUCGAGUGGAGCGAGAAGGAUGGGAGACUCCAAACUUGAAGGAACUUGGCCUCAUCAGUAAUUCAUUGACCUCCAUCCCAGCUCUCAAGAUUCCCAGCCUCGAGAUACUUACUCUUGAGGCUCUCAAGAUUCCCAGCCUCGAGAUACUUACUCUUGAGGGUAAUAAGAUUAUUCGAGUGGAGGAAGAAGGAUGGGAGACUCCGAACUUGAAGAAACUGGACCUCUCCCACAAUUUAUUGACUUCCGUCCCAGUUCUCAAGAUUCAUGGCCUGGAAAUACUUAAACUUUCGUUUAAUAAUAUUACUCGAGUGAAGAAAACAGGAUGGGAGACUCCAAACUUGAAGGAACUUGACCUCUCCCACAAUUCCUUGAUCUUCCUCCCAGCUCUCAAGAUGCACAGCCUCGAGAUACUUACUCUUGAGAGGAGUAAGAUGACUCGAGUGGAGGAAGAAGGAUGGGAGACUCCGAACUUGAAGGAACUCGACAUUGGCUCGAAUCGCUUUUCGAAGUUCCCUUCUGCCUGGAUCAAAGGACUUCAAAAUUUGGAGGAUUUCUAUUGCAGAAACUGCAGCCUAGGGCCAAUCCUUGCGAAGGGGUUCUUGGAAUUCCGAAGCACAUCCUUGAGGAAAAUGGAUCUCCGGGAGAACAACAUCACACAAUUGGAGCCAGGAGCCAUCAUAGGUCUGAGACCGAAAACGAUUCUCGAUCUAAGUGGCAACAACAUCACUGUAUUUGCUGAGGAGAGCUUCGGCCCCAUCAUGGACGUUCUCUCGCUCGGACAUGGACAAUUCAUUCUCGGUCCUAAUGACCCCGAUGGUCCUGGGAAUCCCAUCCAGUGCGAUUGCGACGCUGCAUGGUUUGUAGCUAGUCAGGAAUUCCUCAGCAGAGUUCGUGGGAGUUGCAUUAAUGGAACGAGAUUUGAGGACUUGGAUGUGCAUGCAAUGAAAAGCUGUCGGUAGGUCUUUGUGCGAUCAGAUGAAGGUCUUUUGGACUUCAUUGGAGGACGCGCACAUGGGUUCCAACUGUUUUGAUUUUGGCUUCACCAAAAUGGGCGCGGAUGUAGAUGUGCAUGUAAAAAAAUGGUGAAGAAAUAAUGAUUUUCUGUAGUUUUCAUAUCUGUGACGACGAAUAAAUCUGG